UUCACUCAGCAGAGAUGGAUUUUCAGAACCUGAUUUGUUUCAUCCUGUUACUCUACACAAUCACAGGGUGUGUGUGUGGCACUGGUAUCGUGGGCGGGACUGAAGCGCCUAAGGGGAAGUGGCCCUGGAUGGUGUAUCUGGAGAUGUUCUACAAGAAGACGGGGUACAGGAUUAAGUGUGGAGCAACGCUAGUCACAAAGACCUGGCUCCUCACCGCUGCUCACUGCACUCAAGAUGUGGUGGUGGAGAAGUCUCUUGCUCGUGUGGGAGAGCUGAGUCUGAGCAAGCCGACAGGCCAGGAGGUCCAACUAAAGCGUCUGGUGAGACAUCCAAAGUUUCGUACUGAUAAGGACGCAAAGUUGAUGUACAACGACGUGGCUUUGGUGGAGCUGGCGGAGGAAGUGAAAGAGUCUGCUACCGUGAAACCGGUCAAGCUGGCGUCCACUGGUGACCACUUCAACACACAGUCAGAGUGCUGGGUGACUGGCUGGGGCUACACCGCAUAUAAGAAACCUCUGGAGGGUGAUAAAACUCUCCGACAGGUGCAGCUGCCGCUGGUGUCCGACAAAGUGUGUAAGGAGAUCUAUCCCGACAAGACUGAAGCCCAGCUCUGCGCCGGAGAUGUCAACGGGGGCCGAGACGCCUGCUUUGAGGACUCUGGCGGACCACUGGUGUGCCGUCUCGAGGGUUCCAAGGAGGCAGAGUUUGUGCAGACAGCAGAUUGCAGCGUGAUGCUCGGCGUAUGGGUUUGUGUCGUGCUGCUGGUCAGCAAUGCCUCAGGUUCGUUGAGGAAUGCUGUGAUUGGUGGCCAUGAUGCAAAAGAAGGAAGAUGGCCCUGGAUGGUCUACGUUCAUAUGAAUAUUGGGAAGGAGCCACGUAUGUGCGGUGGUUCUCUCCUUAACGACCAGUGGGUUCUAACUGCUGCCCAUUGUGGCAAGAUGUCUGGCAGUCAGGACGCUAACAUUCAUAUAUCGAAUGUGCGUGUGGGAGUGUGGAAGCUGAAAACACGUACUGGAAAAGCUGUCAGAAUUGCGCGCUUUGUGACACCUGAUGACUUCAAGUACCUCGGCAAUGGCAUGCCGUUGAAUGACAUAGCGCUGCUGCAGCUGCAGGAGAAGGUGGACUUCAAAAGCCUGCAGCUGUCCAGCGUCAUGCUGCCGGGACCCCUGGAGGACUACAGUGCCAAGACCAACCCAGAGUGCUGGGUUACCGGAUGGGGAUACAUCACAGAAACUACCCCGUUGCCAGGAGACCAGACUUUGCAGGAGCUGCAGGUUCCUCUGCUAGAUGACGGCAUCUGCAGGUCCAUGUAUCCCACAUCUACCGACCAGAUGCUGUGUGCCGGAUUCAGAAAGGGGGGAAAGGACGCCUGCAUGGGUGACUCUGGUGGUCCGCUGGUGUGUAAGUCCUCUGCAGGCUUCGUCCAGGUGGGAGUGGUGAGUUUUGGUGACGGCUGUGCUAAGGCCGGCAAGACCGGUGUCUACACCCGUGUGCAACCGUACCUACCUUUCAUCGAGGGCACCAUCGCCAAAUACAGCUCCCCCUAGUGAACAGAAGCAGCUAUUGCCGCCAGAAUGUAAUAAUGUCCUAUAGCACACCUAGUGGCUAACAGUUGCCAUUUCAGGCAGGGCUGCAAUGUCCCAAAGCAUUGUACUCUUUUCCAU